ACGUAAAAGUUGGAAGAGUUUGGAACGAAUUCGAAAUUGCUUUUUCCCAUUCGGUUUUAUGUGUCUUAUACUCUGGGGAGACAGAGGGAUUUUGGUAUUCCGUUUUUGUACUGCAUGGAGACAAAAGAAUUUCGAUUUUCGAUGGCUUUCGUUUGUUCAUUUCUUAUGAGGAAAAAAGUGUGCCGAAGAAGGUUAUAAAAUUUUGCGUAAAGGCAGAGAGGAAAUCUGUGCUUAAAUAUGGAGCGUAAACCACCGUCGAUAAUUCUGUUUCCAACGCAACCGGAAAAGGUCAGGGACACGGAGAGAGGACCCCGGAAAUCGAGGAAACGUAGUAAAAAGGGUGGCGAAUCGAUAUUGGAACGAUUCGACAAAAUGGUGAACGCAAAACUUGAGGAACGUAGGGUCCAUGACGCAGCAUCCGACGGUUCCAGCGCCGACGAAGCCACUUCACCCGAGACUGGCGCACCAGGUACUCAGCGACCACUUCGAUCAAUCUCAAAAACCCUGGCGAGCAGUAUGAGCAACAUAGACGUAUUGGAGCAAAUGAACCUGAACCAGGACGAUGAGCUUGCUGAAGCCGUCGAGAAGUUGAUAAAGGCCGAGGAGACGGCACGUUUUACAGAGAUGAUCGUAGCUGCGGAAGCUGCGGUUGCAGCUGCUCCUCCGGAGUUGGCCGAGGAAGCCGCCCUGGCAGUUGCGCAGGAUUACCAGACUCAAACUGUUAGCGCUAUCAAGGAAGAAAUCCCUGGGGAUACGGUGAUAGAGAUUGUGGGAUAUAUCGGGAUAAGACGACGUAAACGUCGUACCGGGAUUUCUUGUGCUUGUUAAAAAUUUUAUUACAGCCAUAUUACGUAAUUAUUAUUACAUGGUAAAAAAUAUUAGUACAGUACUUAUA